UUUUUUCUUGGUCACCUUCAGAACUAUAUCAGAUUAUUCUUCAAUAAUGGAGAAAUCAGUCGCUGGUUCUCCAAAAUCUUCCAUUAAAGACAAAAAUCAACAUGAAGACACCCAAAGCCAUUCCACUUUCAGAAGCUUCCUUGUAUGCUUUGAGUGUAUCCUGUUUUCCAAUAUUUGCACAGGUUUAGACUGACCUGUUUCAUAUUUGAAUAUCUCUAGAGAGUCUUCACCUUCGGCCAGCCGAUGGAUUAUGUCCUUGGAGUGAUCAGCUUGCUUGCUUCAAUUGGCUCUGGCAUCAGUUUGGCCAUGGUCAAUCUGGUGCUGGGAAAAUUUAUGACUCUUCUCAGUGACUUCACCGUAGGCACUAGUUUUCCAGAGAAUUUUAUGUCUCAAGUCAGCAAAUUCUCUUUAUACUUUGUCUAUAUCGGGAUAGGUCGGCUUGGCUGUACAUACGUCUACUCGUCCCUCCUCACAUACGUGGCCUACAAUUUGACCAGAAACAUUCGAUACAGAUACCUCCGUGCUGCAUUCAGCCAGGAAACGGGGUACUUCGAUCAAGGAAUCAGUGGCUCGAUAUCUGCACAAGCCACGUCCAAUGGCAAGUUGAUUCAUUCCGGGAUCUCCGAGAAACUGGGGAUCUUCAUCCAGGCGAUUGCAACGUUCAUCGCAGCUUUUAUCCUCGCCUUUAUCAGUCAUUGGAAGCUGACAUUGAUCAUCAUCUGCAUCGUUCCGGCUCUGAUUGUCGUUGGUGGGGGUCUUUCGAUCAUCGAUGCCGGCUAUGAGACGAACAUUCUCAAGGUUAACGCUCAGGCAGCAUCAUAUACUGAAAAUAUUCUCAGUGGUAUCCGAGCCGUUCACGCGUUCAGCCUUCGACCCAGGAUUCUCCGAAAGUAUGGACAGUACUUAGAAAGCGCAUUUAAAAUCGGAAUGAAGAAAAAUGCAUUGUAUGGCGUCCUGUUCGGGGCGGACUAUUUCAUCAUAUAUGCUGGAAUGGGGUUGGCAUUUUGGCAGGGCAUACACAUGCUUCACAGAGGGGACAUUCCAGACAUAGGAACUGUCUUCACAGUCCUUUUCUCCGUGGUCAUUGCGGCGAGUACCAUUACAUCGAUCGCUCCACAUGCGGUGACGUUCACUCGUGCGGCUAGCGCAGCAGCCGAACUCUUUACUUUGAUAGACAGAGAAUCUGAGAUCGACCCGCUCGACGAAUCCGGGGAUAAGCCCCAGGAUACCCAUGGCGUUAUAGACAUUGACCAUGUUAGGUUCAAUUACCCAUCCCGCCCAAACGUAUGUGUGCUAGAGGAUUUCUCCCUUCAUGUCCCGGCGGGAAAAGUCACUGCUCUAGUCGGUGCCAGUGGGUCUGGUAAAAGUACAAUUGUCGGGCUCCUCGAGCGAUGGUAUAAGCCUUUGGCCGGCUCAAUAAGAUUAGAUGGUACAGAUAUUUCGCAGUUGAAUCUAAGGUGGCUUCGCACAAACGUUCGGCUUGUGCAACAGGAACCAGUUCUCUUCAAUGGAAGCGUUUUUGAGAACAUUGCGAACGGCCUUAUCGGUACACCGUGGGAGGCAGCUUCAUUUGAAGAGCAGCAGAAACGUGUGGAAGACGCAGCCAAACUCGCAUUCGCGCACGACUUCAUCAUGAACCUGCCACAUGGUUAUGGCUCGCCAAUUGGCGAAAGAGGAGGCCUUCUAUCAGGUGGACAGAAACAAAGAAUUGCCAUUGCCCGCAGCAUCAUCUCUGGGCCAAAGAUCCUCCUCUUGGAUGAAGCUACUAGCGCUUUGGAUCCACACGCCGAAGGCAUCGUGCAACAGGCUUUGGAUCGUGCCUCCAGGAAUCGAACAACCAUAGUGAUCGCUCAUAAAUUAGCAACAAUCCGCAACGCCGACAAUAUUGUGGUGAUGUCGAAAGGUAAGAUUGUUGAACAAGGUCAGCAUGGCGAGCUAGUUGCUAGGGGUGGUGCAUAUGCGAGUUUAGUCAAGGCACAAGAUCUGUCGGCAGCACGAUCAGCAGAUCUUGCGGAACAAAGUACUGACGAGAUACCUGACAAAGAGACUGUUCUUGUCCAGUCACUUGUGCGAUACGAGACGGCUGAGGCACGGCAUCUGAAAAUGCUGCAGCACCGUGAAGACUUUGGACUAUACAAACGGAGCGGCAUAUUUCGCAGUAUAACCAAGUUGGUUAUAUCUACACCCAAUCUUAGGCCUUGGUAUUUUCUUACUAUUAUUUGUUGCGCUUCAGGAGCUGCCAUUUUCCCCGGUCAAGCACUACUUCUAGCAAAUGUCAUGGAUAUCUUCACUUCCCCAAACAUGGUUGAACGGGGCAACUUCAUUGCGUUGAUGUAUUUUGUGAUGUCGCUUGGCUGCAUUGUUGUCUACUUUUGUCUAGGUUGGGCCACAAACGUUAUCGCACAGACAUUCAGCAAGAUGUUCCGCCGCGAUCUCUUCGAUUCCAUACUCAAACAAGACCUUCGUUUCUUCGACCGAUCCGAGAAUACAGUUGGAGCAUUAACCAGCCGACUCGAUGCCCAUCCACAAUCUAUUCUAGAGCUUAUGGGCUUUAACAUCGCCCUUGUAGUUCUCUCUGGUAUUAACGUGCUUGCGUCUAGCAUCCUUGCUCUAGCUAUCUCCUGGAAACUAGGUGUCAUGGGUGUCUUUGUCGGGUUACCGCCCAUGCUAUUGGCAGGCUAUGCUCGCAUCCGCCUUGAAACGAAGAUGGAUACCGAUAUGGGAAAGAGGUUCUCUCAGAGUGCUUCAUUGGCGUCGGAGGCGGUACUUGCUAUCCGAACAGUUUCCUCACUCGCUAUGGAGGAGAGAAUAUUGAAGAAGUAUACGGAUGAGCUUGACCAUGCCAUUCGAACAUCAACUGGCCCACUAUUCACCAUGAUGAUUUGGUUCUCCUUGACCCAGUCUAUUGAAUACUUCAUUCUUGGGUUAGGAUUUUGGUGGGGAUCCAAAUUGAUCCACGACGGAGACAUCACGUUUUACCAGUUUAUCAUAUCUUUUAUGGGCGUUUAUUUCUCCGGCCAAGCUGCUGGUCAAUUUUUCAGCUUUUCGAGUAGUUUCACGAAAGCCAAUGAAGCGGCAAACUACUAUUUCUGGAUAACAGAUCUACCGCCUACGAUCCAAGAAACGCCAGAAAACCGAGACAAAGGGCCAUUAAACAGAUGCCAAAACAUCGAAUUUCUGGAUAUUCAAUUCUCCUAUCCACUUGCGCCUGAUACUCGUGUCCUGAAGGGGGUAUCCUUUAAUAUUCAAAAAGGCCAAUUUGUAGCGCUAGUGGGCGCCUCAGGUUGCGGCAAAAGCACGAUGAUCUCGAUGCUAGAACGUUUCUACGAUCCAACACAAGGCACCAUCAGGGUCGAUUCCUCCUCACUGAACAGCAUGAACCCACUUUUAUACAGACAACAAGUCGCUCUCGUGCAACAAGAGCCGACACUGUUCCCGGGGAGUAUAAUGGAGAACAUCUCGUAUGGAUUAGACAUGGCACCGUCAGCGUCAUCUAGUGCUCCAAUCUCCGAUGUUGAAGAUGCCUGCCAAGCAGCAAACGUAUGGGACUUUAUCUGCUCGCUGCCGGACGGGCUCCAGACGCCCUGCGGGACAAGCGGCAGCCAGCUUUCUGGAGGACAACGACAGAGGAUUGCGAUCGCAAGGGCCUUGAUCAGGAAUCCUCGGGUUAUCCUCUUGGAUGAGGCGACGAGUGCGCUCGAUACGGAGUCGGAGAGAGUUGUGCAAGGGGCGUUGAUGCAAGCUGCGACAAGUGGGGAGAGAAUAACGGUUGCUGUUGCUCAUCGGCUUUCAACUGUUCGAGAGGCGGAUUGUAUAUUUGUGUUUUUGGGAGGCAAGAUCGUCGAGUGUGGAAGGCAUAGUGAAUUGGUUGAGAAAGGUGGUAUUUAUGCUAAAAUGUGCGAGGCGCAGAGCUUGGAUUCGGGGGCGUAGACUUACUUCCAUAUGCAUUGGUCUCGUUUGUUUGAUCCGUGGGUUAAAU